AUGUGUGUUCGAGAGGAAAUCGAAGUGAUCUUGGGGCUUCAUUCCACUUGCACAAUGAACUUUAUCACACACGCACGCACAUACUCUUUAUAUCCGAGGGCGACACUGGACUAUCAUGCAUCCGCUUCGCGCUUUACCACCGACGAGCGUGAACUAGAAGCCCAGGUCAAAUAUAGACAGAGAGGAUGGGUGCCCAUUCCACGUUUCAUCGUUGACGGCGAUGUAAUACAUGACAGUACAUUGGAUUUCCCUGACGUUGACCAUUUUGUCGGCGAUCAGUACACGCUGCGAUGGGUGUUGGGAAAAGAGAGAUCCGUAGAAGCAUUGGGACAACCGUUCUUAGAAGAUGAUGAUGCUGAGGUUGACAUGGACGCGUGGACACUUAAGUAUAUGGAGCCGCGACGGAAGGGUGUCGUUAUAAAUUUUGCCGUCAUGAAAGGGAAGAUGAUGUUCAAAUCUUAUUGUUUGUCAGAUGGUAUGCUGGAAAAAGUUAUGCUGCACAUGGGUAAUUGGAAUGAUAUCAAUAUGAAGGAAUUUGUUGCUCGCUAUCAUAAACAGACAGUCUAA